AUGACUGCUACCUCGACGGUCGUGCCAGUGUCCGAUCUGGCGGUCAAUCUUAAUUGGACAUUUCAGCAUGCAUACCUGUUAUUGGUCAAUGGCGAGUCGGACUCGUCAGUGACGCAGUAUCUGUGCAAGUUCUUCAAGUCGAACAAGAAGUACCUCUUGGUGAAACAUCUUCCUUUCAACUCAAAGUCGGGAAAGACGGUGUCUGACGACUUCCAAAUAGAUUCGCGGGUGGUCAGAAACAAUCUGACGGCCAAACAGAAAGAGUAUGCCACACAGAUUUCAGAUAAAUUGCGUUUAGAUGUCCACGAGGUCGCGAGAAUAGUUCAAAUUGCAAUGGAGAGAAUCAUCGACGAAGCAGAGUCCGAAUCGUCGGGAGCGAGCUCGUUGCAAACCAUCAAAAGUGGCGAUCUGGUUUCGUUCCUGUAUUUCAAGGUUUUGCAGGAAGUUAGAGCAGUUCUGAAGACCCAGUUGUACUUGAUCAAAAACGAGUAUUCUCUCUCACCGGAGCUGCAAGAUCUCUGUUUGGAAAUCAAACAGGUGGCAUACCAGCUGUUGGAAUCGUACAUUGAGAAUCUGCUUGAGUGGAAUACCAGCCAGCUCGGUUCAAUAGGAAAAGGAGUCCAAAAAGAACUGGAGUUGUUGACACUAGAUGUGUUGAAUGUUUUGGCAUACUUGAUUUUCAAAACAGGAACAGGAUUCACCAAGAAAACCGCCUUGAAUUGGUUCAGGUUGAUGAAAAACACCAGCUAUCGGGGAUUGCUCGUGAACGCUCCCGACGAAACCACCGACAAACGGAUUCUGAACCUCGAGAGUAUCUGUACAGUGCUAUCGCUGGUGAUGUUGGAUCUGGACUUCAAUUUUGGUGGUCUUGGUGACGAAGAGUCGUUCACCAACGACCCAGAGGUCUUUUCGAGCAUCAAUGACUACAUUCUGGGAAUCCACGCCAAUCCAAUAGUGUUGUACGGCUGGAGCAUCAUUUUGCACAGAAAACAUCUGGUAAUUGCAAAUAACAAACAACACCCAGUCAGCAUCAAGCUGAUUGAAAAAUUCGGCGGUCUCGACAAUAUCCAGCGGAUCUACUUGUCUUGUGCCAAAAAGGCAGCAAGCCUAGACGUUUGUGCUGCCAUCAUCACAUGCCAGGAGACCGUUUCGUACGACGAUCUGUAUAUCGCGAUUCUGGCUUCCUUUGUUGUUUCGUUCGUGCCGUACAUCCAGUUGAACGACGAAAUCACCCUCGCUAUUAAUAAGACAAUGACCCAUGCUCCUAACAAGAUUGUCGAGCGCUUUUUCCAGAACCCAGCGACAGAGGACUUGAUGGCAAUUGCUAGAGCUAAGCUGCCACUAUCAAUCAAAUCGUUCAUCAGACUAAUCAGCAUCAACACCAACUUAGCAUACGAGGAACUCGCCAACUUGAAAAGCUAUAUGGAAAUAUUCAAAGAGGAGGAGUUUUACUACAAGUACCUGAUUGACGAUGAAAAUCCACAACUAAUUAAACUCACUCAAGAUCUUGAUAUUCUGCCUCCAUACGAAACCCCUGGAGAAUUGUCGCUGCUCUUGAAGGAAGGAACAAAAGCCCAGAUAUUCCCUGGAACCAACAAGGAUGACGUUGUGGUUGCGUUCUUGUAUGAUUACAACGGAUGGACACUUCUUGGCAGAAUCAUCAAGAACCUGUCCAAGUCGUUGGACUCGAACCCGGAGAAAACAGAGCUUGCCUCUGAAAUAUUCCAGCUUGUUUCCAAAGUCUCCCGAGAACUCGAAAAGGAACAGUUUGACGAGGUCAUUAGAGCUAUGAGUUCUUUCGUGGACGAUCUGGACGUGAUUGAAGUGAUCUUUAGAGUUUUAGAGCAAGGUUUGCAAUUGCGUUUGGUGAAUCUUCUGCAGAGCGGGUUCGAGCUGUUGUCUUCUUUAUCUCGAUGUGGCUACUCGUUCAGAAUCUGGUCGUACCUGUACAAGUCGCAGAUUCUUGGCUUAAAAGUCAACGCGGGUCUCGCAAACACGAUAUUGGGAACUGUCGAGAUGGUGGAAUGGAAAUACGGAUUUUCAAUCUCUCUUCUCAAACUGACGCUCGCCUUGCUUGAUGACUGCUUUGUUAUCUCUAACGACGUGAACUGGAAACUCAAGUCGGAAGUGCUGGACCGUCUGACUGCUCACUGUAUCCACAUCUAUGGAAAUUACAUGCAUUGGAGAUAUACAGACGAGAUCCAAAGAUUACAAAUUGGAACGUACUCUCAGAAAAUAUUCAUGAAUAUCAUCACAUCGGUGUAUGGUAUCGAGAAUGGCACGCCUAUCCGCGAUAAAGUGACUCGACUGUUUGCCCAGUCGUGUGAGAGAAUCACCAAGAUGUUUUUGGUUCCGGAUAUUCAAGUCUCUACUGCUACCAGACCGAUCUUGGAGACAUUACGGCGGUUGUCGUCCUCUGUUUUCGAUCUCGACACGUCUGGACUGCAUGGACUGUGGCAACAGAAGUUCCUUGACAGUCUGUUUGAGUAUGCUACCAGUCUGGUUGCAAUCAGAAGCUCUUACCAAGGCACUUUGUCGUCCUCGUUUGAGAAGGACCUGUAUUCUAUCGUUCCAGAGCUUGUCAGUUUAUACGCCUCGACAAUGUGUUUGCGUACCAACAUCCUCAGGUUACUGUCGAGUUUGGUUAAUAGCAGAUGGGAGAAUGAGCCACCCUCGCUGCUGACACAUCUUGGACAGGAGCACACCCAUCUAUUUCUAAGAUGCUUGGCUGCGGAUAUAUCCAACGAGUUUGAAAGCCACGACAUGAAGAUCGCACUUUAUGACUUCUUUUCCUCGGUGAUGGUUGGCGACCAAGAAGGUUUGUCGAUUGUGUUGAUCACAGGAAGGGACAUCAAAGAUUGCAUACUGGAUGAGAAGAAAACGUUUUCCAAAGAGGAUAAAGUGAAGAAGUCGCAAUAUUCGCUCCUCAAGAUUCUGAAAAACUCCAUCUCCAAUAUCUCAACGUACUCGAGCGACGUUUCUUUGAAGUUGGUGGAGGCUCUUGCCUUGGCUUUCAACUCGUGGACAACGGCCAAGGAAGAUGAUGACGAUGACAAGUUUGUGAAUAAUCUCAUCUCGGAGGUGACCAAAUUCCCUGAUGCUCCAACUGCACACGACGAGACUACCUUGAAAGAGCACUACUACCAGGUGAACAGAAAGGCCAAAAUGGCAGAAAUCAUGUCGCUGUACCUGUUUGUCUCGCAGAACACCGCAACAAAACAGAAAAUAUACAAUCUGCUGAACUCCAAGGAGUUCACCUCCAAUUUGAGAGCCAAUUUUGAGUUAAGGUCAGCCGUGACCAUUCCUACAGAGACGCAGAUUGACGAGUUUUGGAUCGACGGUGCUCUGUUCAAGUUGUCCCAGUUUGAACGGUCGCCGGUAUUUGCAAGAGAAACGUACGGAGCAGACGCAUCUCACGCUCUUGAUCUCAUGGACAAGUUGUUCCACACGAGUCCCGAAUGGAGCGGUAUUCGCCAGCAGGUUGUUUCCAGCUCUUUGGGCUUUCAGAUGAUGUCCGCCCAUGUGACAGCAGCCAAGUCGUUUGGAGCACUAGUGACGUGUUUCUGCAAGAACGACGGCCCAUCUGUUGACUUGUCGUAUAUCAAUCUGGCCACUUCUCUGCUGAAGAUCAACGAAGUGGAAGGCAUCAUCUCGCCCGAGUUUGCCAUUGUCUACCAGGAACGGAUCGAUCUGGUGUUCUUCAUCUGUUUAACGUUCUCCAAACGCCGUGACAAGAAAUUGGACGACAAACUAAUCUUCCCGCUGAUCUCCUCUGUUUGCCAGCUACUGCUUUCCGACGACAUCAACCUUACCAGCGGCCUGUUCACGUUUGAGGUCCAGAACUACCGUCCAUUGCUCCGGACGUUGCUGAUCGCCCUGAACAUGAUCAAGGACGACACCAUGUUGUUUGUGGAGUACGGAGCUACCUUUGCCGAUAUUUUCACCACGAUCAUCUCCAAGUCGCUGAAAACCAUCUUCAAGUCCAUCCAGACGGAGGUUAUGUCUUCGCGGAAAGAGGACUACGGCGGCUCGUUGCUGAUCUGCAAACAGGCAGACGACAUCACUUUGCUGGUGAACAUUCUGGGGUCUUUGCUGAGCCACCACCUGCCACGCGAUUUGGAGCUCGCUCUGGCCAGAUCGGUGAUCGAUGCCGGUCUGUUCAGAUCAACAGCCAACCUGUACUCGAUCUCGCACCUGGUGAAGAUCAACAAGGACGUGAUCUUUGCAGACGUCGCGCUCAAGAUCUUCAACGAACUGGUCCGUGUGAAGGUGAUAGCCGAGAAGAUGCUUGGCGAAGGUCUUUUCAUGGUUCUGAUCGACUCGCAGAUCUCUGUACAGAUCCAGCGGGGCGGCAUUUCGCCAGUUUCUGCUGCAACGGCCCAUUUGCACCAUCUGUGGGUGGAGGGUCUGCUGUCCACGGUUCUGACGCUGAUCAGCUCGUUUGGCGACAGAAUCACGUCCGAGAUCUAUCUGUUUGUCAAGUCGUUCAGCAAACAGUUCCAAACGACGCUGCUGACGUGGCUGGAGUCCAACAGCUCUAUAAGUCUGGCCACCGUGCACGAGACGUCGCAGAUAAUCUUUCUGGCCGAGGCCCUGAACGUGCUGGACGUGUACAGCGUUGUGCGCGUUGCUGGGUCUGAAUCUGUCAAGCUGAUCCCCGGUCUCGACACCAAAGACGAACGGCUCAACCUAGUGAGCGGACUCAACUACCUGCUGUCGCACCCAAAGUUCCUCUCGUCACGUGUCGUGGCAUCGAGCCAGGAAGAGCAGAAACAGCUCGACACAGAUAAAAACCGGUUUGUCGACCAGCUGCUCGAGGAAAUCAAACAGCUCAAGAACAUGCUAUUAGAUUAG